AUGUACAAGGUCAUUAGCUGCCUGAGUAUGGUGCUAUUCCAUGUCUCUAUUGCACAAGACAGCUCUGCUCUGUACAGUUACUAUGACCCUAAGGCAUUUCAGCUUUUGCUGUGUGACAAGUGUCCUCCUGGAACUUAUGUAAAGCAUGACUGUACAGCUGAGAAGAAAACCGAGUGUGUUCCUUGCCCAGCCAACCACUAUACAGACAUCUGGAAUUCCAACAAGGAGUGUUACUAUUGCAGUGCAGUCUGCAAGGAGUUGCAGUACGUCACACAAGAGUGCAAUGGCACCCACAGCAGGGCCUGCGAGUGCAUCGGAGGACGAUACUUGGAAUUAGAAUUUUGUUUACUUCAUACAGCAUGUCCUCCUGGUUUUGGUGUGGUGAAAUCAGGAACACCAGAGAGCGAUACAGCUUGUGAGAAAUGCUCAGAAGGAACGUUCUCGAAUGAAACUUCAACUAAAGCAGUGUGUCAAAGGCACACAGACUGCAAAAAGCUGGGCCUUAAUGUGCUUGAAAAAGGAAAUGCUGAACAUGACACUGUAUGUCAACACAACACAGAUGAAUCGUCUCCUUUUUGUGACAUAGAUGUUACGUUAUGUGAAGAAGCUUUGUUUUGGUUUUCUCUGGACCUUCCAGUCAACUGGUUCACGGUACUUAUGCACAGCUUAGUGGGCAAAAUUAUUACAACAGAUCAAAUAGACUGGCCUAAAAGCCAUAAUCCUCAAGAACAACAUUUUCAGCUGUUUAAAUUAUGGAAACAACAGACUCAAGAUCAUACAGUUAAGAAUGUUAUUAAAGGUUUACAGGUAUGUGAAAAAGGGGUCUUAAAACAUGUUGGGCACUUAAACAUGACAAUCGAUCACUUGACUGCUUUAAUGGAAAGUUUACCUGGAAAGAAGAUUGGAAAACAUCAUAUAGAACGCACUGCAAGGAGGUGUGAUGAGUCCAAACAAAUAUUAAAACUUCUUAGUCUGUGGAGAAAUAAAAAUGGAAGGGAUACGGUUAAAAACCUCAAACUUCUGAAAUCAAACAAACUUCCAAAAAUUCUGCGCAGGAGACUGAAGAAAAUGGUCCGAUUCCUUCACAGCGGUGCAAUGUUUAAACUUUAUCAAAAGUUGCUUUUAGAGAUAAAUGGCACUCAAAUGGCAAAAUUGGGUUAAUGGUUUAAUAUAUAUAUAUAUUUUAAUAUAUAUCACUUAUUUAUAUUUAGUCUACUGACCAUUCCAUAUUACCAUAACCAGGUCGAAACUGGAAAUUCUGGUGUUUGUGUAUAAGCUUUUUUUUAUUUAUAAAUACAGAUAAAUUCUAAAAUAUUUUUAUAGUAUGAGGCUUGUGACUUUUAUAUAUAUGUGAGAGUUUUAAGGAGUUGUAACCAUUGGUUAAUUUAUUGCCUCCUGUUAUUUUGUCAGUGUUGUCUUAUUGCACACUUAUAAAGCAUUUAGAGAUCUAGAGCACAUUGUUGUUCCUUUUUUUUUUAUUUUGAUAGGUACAUAAAACACAAGAUUUGUCUUUUAUGAUUCAGAUAGAAAGUUAUUUAACAUUCCAUGCUCUAAUUUACUUUUAUUAUCAAAUUGUCUAUGUAAUCUUGGUUUCUUAGGAGCGUGCACGUGGCUGGAGCACUAUAUGGCAGCAGUUUUGCAAGAAUGUUAUCCAUUUGCAAACAACUAGAGGGCAGCACUAUUUCCUGCCAUGUAUUGCUCCAGUCACCUACCUAGGUAACUCUAAAAAAAGAAUACAUCGGAAACUGAGCAAAUUUGAUAAUAGAAGUAAAUUGGAAACUUUUUUUAAACUCUGACUCACAAAAUACUUUUUUUGGGGUUUCAAAUCCCUUUAAGAGUAAAUAGUGGUGUACUUGGUGGCGUAUGAACUGAUUUUGACUCAAAUUAGGCUUAGUUGGCUGAAAAAGCAGACCGGGAGAAUUUCCUGUAAAUUGCCUAUUCGCUAAAUGGCAGUCAGUUGUAAAGUUAUACUUUUCAACUGUAAAAUCCAACAUUGCAAUCGAUUAGCAUAUCCUAAGUCUGUUUUAAGACUUGCUGUUAGAAGUAUAGCUAAUCAAAAGCAACCAACUUCUACCCUACUUGAAGUCAAUUUUCAAAUCCAGCAAACUUUAGGGCUAAAACCUGGUAUUUCAAGUUGGAUAUUCUUUAACUGCUGAAUUGUUACAGUCGAUAUUUAUGUUAAAAUAAUUUUUAUUGAGAUAACAUUUUCCAACAAUACAUCUGUUUCAUACAAUAAUUUACAGAGUCAUUUUUCCAGACUUGGACAUACAAAACUCAGUACAUGUUGCUUUCAAGUUUUUACAAGCCUGUUACUGGUAUCUUAUAUGUAUGUUAAGUUUUUGAAACUGAUGUCUCCCGUCUGCUAUGUUUUGUUUGAAAGAAAAAAAACAGAUCAUCUAGUAUAUAUCUCAUUUUUGUAUGCUAAGAAAAAUUAAAAUUAAUCGAACAAAAACUAACUGAACAAAUAAACUUGGCAUUUGGUCUUUUAAGGUCUAUUAAUCAAAUAUCCAUAUAAUCUCUUGUGGUUAGUUCUUCUAGUGUGUCACUCUCUUGUCAACUUCUCCGUAUUUGUGGCAUCCAAGUGAAGCAGGCUAAGUCUGAUGCAUGAUCCAGUAGAACCAGAUUUUGUGAAAUGUGUCAGUCGUGCCCAGUAUCGUUGCUGCUGUUUCAUGUAAGGAGUAUGUCAUUUUAAAUCUUUCUAAUAUUUCAUGCCAUGUCGGUACCCCUUCCUUCCAGUGUCUAGCAAUACUAACCCUCGUGACCGUGCAUAGUGUUCUAAUGAGAGUAUUAAUAUGUUUAUUAAAAUUUGGUAAGGGAGCAUUUAACAAUCCCUGAGGCAUGGUUAACAGUAUUUGCUCUUCUAAAAGAGAGCUUAAAUGGGCUGAUAGUUUGGUCCAGAUAUGUGCAACUCCAGGGCAUUCCCACCACAUAUGUAUAUAGGUUCCGAUUGUGCUACAUCCCCUGUAGCAGUUCCUAUUCCCCCCCUCUGUGUAGUGGGAUGUUCUAAGUGGUGUUAAGUACCAUCUGAAUAUGACUUUGAGGCUAUUCUCCCGUCAAUCAGCACUAAUUAGGCCUCUGUAAGAGGAGUGAAACAAGUCCUGCCACUCUCCUAAUUCCAUAGUUGUGUUUGUGUCUGCUUCCCAUUUAAGCAUAAUGGGUGUUUUGGCCUUCUCCCUCGAAGCCUGUAAUGUUAAAUAUAGCUGAGAGAUUGAUUGUUUAGGUCUUAUUUGAGCGCUGCAGAGCCUCUCGAGUGUUGUGCUGGGUUGUUUGCUAAUGUUUGGUAUGAAUCUAUUCAGGGCAGACAUGAUUUGCAGAUAUAAAUACCACUUGAGGGGAUAGGGUAUUAAUUUGUCUUGUGUCUGAUUGAAAGUCAAUGGUUUGCCAUUUAUUAUUAGGUCCAAGAAAAAACAAUUUGGCUAAAUCAUUUUUGGAUUUAUUAUUAGGUCUCCUACCCUAUAGAGACCCUUAUUUUCCCAUUUGUCUAGUUGUUUUCGGUAUUCAGUCGGGAUAAGAUAUUUAAUUGGCAUUUUGGAGGAGAAUUCUGGCAUCCCACCCUUCUUGAAUGCUACUGUCUUCCAGAGGUUGAGUGAGAGUGUGGUGAUGGGGGAGCAAUGUUUAAUUUGGUGUUUAUGUUGCGGUCUGUCCCAGAUCAGGUCGUCUGGUGAAUCCAGGUUCCCUAUCUCUGAUUCUAGUGUUUUCCACACUACAUCCCCCAGUGGGGAACUCAAUAAAGUAAUUUGGGCUAAUCUGGCUGCUUCAUAAUAGUCCAGUAGGUUAGGUACUCCCACACCCCCCAACUGUCUAUGUCUCGUCAGUGUUGCGUGAGGGAUUCUCGUCUGUCUCUUGCCAUUUAUAAAAAAGUUGAUCUCUGACUGUAGGAUUUUGAGAUCAGUCUUUUGAAUUGGGACAGGUAGGGUUCGAAACAGGUAUAAUAUCCUAGGUAGGAAGUUCAUUUUAAUGGCAGAUAUUCUGCCGUACCAAGAAAAAUUUAGUAAUCUCCAUUUAGCGAUAUCUGCCCGCAACUCUUUAUACAGGGGGAGAUAAUUUAUUUUAUACAAGUCAGUAUGUUGUGUUGAUAGUUUGACUCCCAAAUAUUUUAUAUGUGAUUUCACCCAAGAGAAUGAAAAGUUUAAUUCAAUCAACUUUUUCGUGUGGGCUGGUAAAGCUAUGGCCAUUGCCUCACUUUUCUCCAUGUUUAUCUUGUAGCCUGAUACCUGGGAGAACCUCUGUAGGAUAUCAUAUAGACCUGUAAGGGAUGUCAGGGGUUUAGUCAAUGUCAGUAUGACGUCAUCUGCAAAUAGAGAAAUCUUAUAGUCUGUGUCUUUAAUUUUAAGUCCGGUUAUUUCGGGGGAAUGUCUAAUAUUAGCUGCUAGCGGUUCCAUGCAUAAGGCAAAUAGUAGGGGGGAGAGUGGGCAGCCCUGUCUCGUCCCGUUUCUUAUGUCUAUGGUUCUGGAGUGGUGUCCCAUGGCCCUUACCGUGGCCGUAGGAGUAGAGUAUAUACUAUGUAAGGCGUCUAUAAAGGGUCCCCUGAAUCCCAUUCUACCCAGGACUGUAAACAUAUAUGUCCAGUCUAUUCUAUCGAACGCCUUCUCUGCGUCCAGAGAUAGGACCAGAGAAGGCGUUCUUGUUUGGUCAAGUUGGGUUAUCGCAGUAAUUAUUCGUCUGACAUUGUCGGGGGCUUCUCUUCCCGUCACAAACCCCACCUGAUCUGGGUGCACUAUACUUGUUAAAACAUGUUUUAAUCUGUUUGCUAAAAUUUUAGUAAAGAUCUUUAGAUCCUGGUUUAUGAGAGAGAUGGGCCUAUAACUACUACACUGUUGUGGGCUUUUACCUGGUUUUGGUAUUACGACUAUCCUAGCUCCCAGUAACUCGUGUGGGAUCUCAUACCCCUGCAUGAUAUAGUUCGAGAAUUUAACUAAAUGUGGUGUCAGGGAAGAUUUAAAUAGUUUAUAGUAUUCUCCAGGCAGUCCGUCAGGGCCUGGAGCUUUACCCGGUUUUAAGUCUUUGAUGGCCCUUAGUACUUCUUCUGUCGUUAUGUCAUGGUUCAAACUGUCCCUGUCUUUUUCUGAAAUAGAGGGUAGUUGCGCUUCAUUCAGUAAGUUUGUUAGUAUGGAUUCAGUGGUCGGAGAUUGGGCUACAUGGGUUCCCCCAUAGAGAGUGCUAUAGUAUUGGGCAAAGCAGUUUACAAUUUCUUGAGGGUGAGUGGUUGUUGUGCCAUCAGGUGUUUGGAUAUGUGCUAUGGAAGCUAUUCUCACACGUUCGCGGAUCCUAUUUGCUAGAUAUUUAUCUGGCUUAUUGGCAUAGAUAUAAUAGUUUGUCUUAAGUCGGAAGGCUGCUUUUACUGCUUGGUCAUGUAGGAUACCUGCAAGCUCUGUUCGUUUGCUUUGAAGCUGUGUCAGUACAAUUUGAGAUUGUGUGAGCUUGUGUUGCUUUUCUAAUGUUUCUAUCUCUUUCUGUAAAGCCAGUCUUUGAGAAUUGUAUUUUUUGAGGAGAGUCGAUUUUUCCUUUAUAAGCAAACCCCUUAAGUGAGUCUUAUGUGCUGCCCAUGUCAUGAUAGGAUUAGUCGUUGUCCCCGUGUUAAUGUCCCAAUAUUCUGACAUAUUGCGUGUAAUUGUACUAAGAACCAUGGGGUCUUUCAAGCAAAUUGGGUCAUAUGUCCAUGAUCUCGUCCUGUUUGGUACUUGGAUAUUGCCCAGUGUGAGUUGUACUAUUGAAUGAUCUGACCAUACACAAGAGUGGAUGGCAGAGCUUAUUAGUAUGGGUUGUAAAAAUUGGCUGAUAAAUAUGUAAUCCAGUUUACUAUAUGUUUUGUGCGCUGCUGAAAAAAAGGUGGUGUCGUUUGUGUGGCCAUAUAGUGUCUUCCAGGAAUCUAGCAGUAGCCCUGUGUUUAAAUAGUCUUGUAUUACUUUAAUCUUCUUGUAUUGUUUAGUCUGCUUAUUUGUGGGUGUGGAGUUUUGUUUUUUAGAUUGCAAUGUUAGAUCUACAUUGAAAUCACCUGCUAGGAUGGUUCUGGUGUGAGACCACCCCGUCAGAAGAUGUGUAAUUUGUCUAAAAAAGGCAUCUUGUUUAUCAUUGGGUGCGUAGACAUUGCAGAGUAAGAUGUCAGAGCCCUGAAUCUGGCCUUUUACAAUCAGAUAUCUACCCUCCCUAUCUUCAAUUGUUUCUUGGUGUAUAAAGGGUAAGGAGGAGUGUAUUAGUAUGGAUACCCCACGUUUUUUAGAAUCCGAAGUGGAAUGAAAGUGUUGCCGAUAAUCUUUAGUCCAGUAUCUAGGUAUCUGAGACUUUACAAAAUGUGUUUCUUGAAGAAAGAUCACAUUUGCUUUCAAGGAUCUGAAUUGUGUGAUCGCUGUCCUACGCUUAAUGUCAGAGUUUAGCCCCUUAACAUUAUGUGAAAUUAAAUUAAUGGUCCAAGGAUCCAUCUGUCCUAAUGCUUGAAUGAGUGCUAUGAUGUAGGAAGUUGUCUGUGAGUAGUAUGUAAGUCAGGAGGAGAGCACUAUAAUCUUUUGAUGUGUGUAUGUAUAGGGGUGCGUUACAGAAGAAUAUAUUACCCUUCACCUUGGAUCUUCCUUUCACUUUCCUGGAUGCCCCAAAUGGAGUCGAGUAGACACAAUUAAGUAAUGACCAAAUGCAUGUAACAAUGAUGUAGCAUGAGCAAGCCCAUGCUAAAUCGGGAACAAUAACUAUGGAAAAAAGAACAAAACAAUAAUAACAACAAACCUCAUUAACUUUUAUGUGUACAUUGUACACUACUUCUAUCAGCAUAAGUUAAUUGCACAGUGGGUAAAUGUGCAACGUUAAGCUGUAUGUAUCAUAACAAAGAAAACAUAAUUUUUAUAAGAGUGAUUGUAUUAGCUUUCAACUAUUGCUGAUCUGACCAGUAGGCACAGGGUCAGUUUUAGAUCUUAUUGGCGAGGGCUUGCCUCUGCUACCGUUGUGGUAGUGAAUUGACCGGGUUCCAUGCCCUAACUUAUCUAUUAUUUCUUUCUCUGAGAGGCCAGAGUCCAUCAGGUAGGGCAUGGUGUUUUGACACUGAAAGGGGUGUUCACCUAUAAGGGCGAACUAUUAGGUGUAAGAAUUUCUCCGAUAAGAGAUUCCCCUGAUUUUGAACAGUCCUUGUAGCCUUUGACUAAGGCUUUUUUCCUAUUGUAUGAAACCUAUAUCAUGAGUCUCUCAGGUUUUUUGCUUCUUUUUCGCCACCUUGGUCCAUCUGUCUCUGGUAGAGAGUGCCAGCUGUGAAGGUCGCUGAUCUACUUCCUGUUCUUGCGGUGUUGGCAGGUCUGGGCAUUCAAGUUUCAGUGCUUUGCAAAUAUGUGGUAUCUCUUCCAGAUUUUUAAGUGAUAGUGUCUUUCCUUCAUGCAGAAUAUUAAGAGAAAAUGGAAAUCCCCAUCUGUAGGGUAUUUGGUUCUUACGUAGCAGUUGUGUGAGGGGGCGCAUAGUGCUGCGUCUUUGGAGUGUUCUUAGACAUAAGUCCUGAAAAAACUGAAUUAUUGAGCCUUUAAAUUUGAAAGUGGGGUUUUUUCUGGAUGCUGCUAUUAUUUCCUCUUUAUCACGGAAGCGUAGCAUCUUGAUUAUAAUAUCUCUUGGCGGAUCUCCUUUUUUGGGUUUUGCUCUCAGCGCCCUGUGCGCUCUUUCCAUUUCAAAUUUACCCUCUUCUUUGGUGUCUGUAAUGGCUUGAAAGAGUUGUAGAAGAAACUCAGGCAGCUCUGGUGUCAGUAUUGUCUCAGGAACCCCUUUUAAUCGUAUAUUGCAUCUGCGGCUCCUGUUUUCCAGGUCCUCCAUUUUAUCCUUAAUGUCUGCUAAUUCUUGUUGUUGAGAAGACAUAUUUUGAGAGAGAAUAUGUAUAUCUUCCGUUGUAGUUUCUUCCUUUUCCUCUAGAGAUUCAACUCUGGUACCUAAGUCUAAGAUUUCUUGUUUCAUUUCUGUGAAACUGUUUGUGACUGUGGUCUGUAGUGAAUCCAUCUUCUCCCACAUCUUGGUGAAAACACUAUUAAUAUCAUGCUUAGACAUUAGGUUCUGAAGAUCUGCUUUUGUUACUGGAGUUAAGUCCAUUUUAUUAGAUUGGGAGUCAGUGUCCGAGUCUAUUUCUUCCUCUAGCAGCAAUGUGUCUGUUUCUUGGCCCUUCUCUCCUCUGGAGGACCUAAAGAAAGGGUGCUGUGUUGACUGUUUUGUUCCAGUCCCUGGUUUAUUUUGUUUUCUGGCAGACAUUUUAAAUCUUUAUACUAUGAGGGUUAUUCAAGCUUUGUCUUUGUCUGUUUUGUCUCUUGCUUUGCAGGCAUAUACAAAGAAAAGACUAUAUAAAGUAUGUUUUACAGCAGACAGAAAGUUAGUGUGUGUUCUAGACUUAUAUCAGUGAAUGGUUAUAGUGCCUUUUUUUUUUACCGCCUUAGAUUUCCUGUAUUCUGCCAUACACUGCUAUUUAGACUUUCUUGGGAUAUCUGUCGUAAUAUGGGGCUUUUAAUACAAACUUUCUUCCCACUUUUCAGCUUUUAGAGCUUUAAUACUGCCAUCAUAGCGGUUUUAUUCCUUCAUGGUGUGUCUAAAUUAGUAGCUGCAAGAAGCUCUCAGUCUCUCAAACCGUGUAUGAGAUAAGAUAUGUAAGGUAUCUGCAGUUAUCCAUUAUAUUGAGUAUCUUUGUAGGUAUGUUCAUUAUACUUCAAUUUACCCCAUAUUCAGUGUCGUUCUUAGCCCCAGCCUGGUUUCUGUGGUAGUUGCCUUAUAGUGUCAGUCACUGCUUCAGCGCCAGAGUGUAAAGAUGGCGGAUCUCCAUGCCGCGCAGUUCCUCCUUCCUCCUCCCCAGGAGCCCGAUAAAUAGUGAGUAUAUGGCGGGUUAAGUAUAAAGUGCUUACCCGGUCUGGGGAUUGAAGCGGUGGGUCUCUAUAGGAGUGCUGUUUUUCUUGUCUCCGGCGUUAUGUUGGUUUAUCAGCCUUUUUCAUCACUCCCCUCACAUGCUGCAAAUUUGUCUGCUUGAGGCCAUAUAGAGUUGCGCUGUCCUGUUGAGCGCCAGUCGUCAAUGUCUGCCCCUACUCCUUCGAUCCCCUAUGUCUCAAAGGGGUCUCCUUCUGUUUUUAGUUGAAAUAGAUAUCGUGCAUGCUAUAUUUCACUCUUAGUUUUCUCAGCUUGCACGGAGCUCAAAGAUUAAGCAGCCAUCAGCUUGCUCCUCCAGCUACAGUCGAUAUUUAAAGGGGCAUCUCUUGCUUUAGUUGCUUUGUCCCAUGCUCCCUAGGGAGGCCUAAAAGUAUAUUCUGUAACCUAGGUUUUAAAAAUCCUGCAAAUUGCCUAAACCAGCUUUUUGAUUUGCAGGUUGCAGAUUUUGCUUUUUGACCUCUCUGGAGACGGUGUGAAAAAAGCACAAUUUGUACACAAAAGCAAAAAAGUUCUAAUUAACACUAGCCCCCCAGUAUAAUAGUGGGCUCCCAAAUUGUGACCAUCGUUGGUUUUCCCACCAACAAUUUGUCCAGGCCCCCCCUACCCCCUCUACCUUUGCAGUGCCCCACUGAUGGCACAUCAGAUCCAACUCUCUCCCAUCAUGGCCCAGCCCUUAAAAUACUAGUGGACCUCCUGGAAGUGCCCCCCCCCCCCCUUGCCAGUUUUGGAGACACCACUGGAUUGAUUUUUUAAAGUUUAAAGUAAGCUAAAAAGACAUUUUUGACAAACGUUAUACUACUUAAAAAAUUAUAACUGGCUGCACAAUUUAAUAAAUGGUAAAUAGUUUUACAGCCAAUCAGAUCUGAGUUGAUCAAUCCUGGUUGUUUUUUCAUUUCAGUCAAAUUUGGUUUCAUUUUUAAAUAAGUCAGUUUUGUGAGGUCAAUUUAAACCCUACUUUACGUCAGACAAUUUUUUUCAGCUAAAUUAUUUAAAAAAUAAAAAGUGUGCUAUAUAUAAAGUAUAUAGAGCCAGAUUACAGGUGGCGCACCCUUUAGCGCUUUCGCUCGUGCGCAAACACUGCCACAAGUAAACUUGUAACACAAGCAGGUUAAGGCGCAUAUUACUAGUUGAAAGUAAAUUGUUUGCACAUUCGACCAAGUGUGCUCGUUCCGAUGUGAAUUAUGAAUAUUUUACAUUUCAAUGUUCUUUUAUAUACAAAUUUUUUGUAAAAUAUAUAUCUAUAUAGGAAUAUCAAAAAACAUUUUCCCGUAUGUGAAAAAAAUUGGAAUGUAAAUUAUUUACAGUAAAUACACAGUAAAACACAUUAUUAAAUCUUAAAAUAAAAAUAUAAAUAUCUACUUACAAAUAAAACAAACAUUUUCUUCCAAGCAAAGAACAUAUUAAUGUGAAAUAUUUAUAUUAAAAACACAUUAAAAUUGAUUAAAAAUUUGACUGGGAAAGGCACAAAAGUGUGUGUGUAUGUAUGUAUAUGUGUAUAUAUAAAUAUAUAUAUAUAUAUAUAUAUAUAUGUGUGUUUGUAUGUGUAUAUGUAUGUGUGCACAUACAUAUUUACACUUAUAAACACAUGAGUACACACAUAUAUAGACAUGUAUGUAUGUGUGUGUAUAUAUAUAUAUAUAUAUAUAUAUAUAUAUAUAUAGGUGCCCUUUUUAGUCAAACAUCUUGCCAUAUACCCUUUUUAACCAUUUUACAACCAUUUUAUCAAUAUUAAAAUAAUAUUUUUAUUAAAAGUUGUAUAUAUGAGUUUAAUGGUUUAUUUUAAUAUGUUUUUUUAACCCUUACACUGUGCUUCAGGUCUGAAGUCAUGCUAAAUAUUCUAGCGCAAUUUCUAUUUGAACUCGAGUGCAACCUAUGUAUUUAAAAUUGUAAUAUGAGCGCUUCUUAGCUCAGUCAUGAUAGCUAUUGAAAAUUUAGGUUGCGCUAGAGUGAUGUCGGUUGCUCUUACCCUUCUCUGGUAAAUCAAUUUUACCAUGGACUUGUAAUGUCAAAUCACUCACUAAUGUUAACGCUUUCCGCACUAUCAUUAGUGCGCCAUUUCUACUCUAGUUCUUAAUGUGUUUAUUGUUUUUUUUUUAUUUAUUGAAAUGUUUGGUUGUACAUUUGAUAUUUUAUAUACCAACACAACUUUUAUACUACACCUAAUACCAGAAACAAUAAUGUUAAUUUGAGCUGCAUCUGUAUAUAUGUAUUUAUAUGUAUGUACUGUAGAUGUGUAACACAUACUUUUAUAAAAUGUAAUGCCUGCGUGUCUUUCUGUUUUUUCUUAAAUAUAUUCUGUUUCAUCCCAAACAAUCUUAGUGUCUCUAUAAAAUCACAAUAAAUAUUUUUAAUACCA